UAUACUUAUUAUACUCUUUGGUUUCCGCUGACUUGUUGACAUUACAAAAUCUUCAAUUAAAGCUACAAUAUUAAAAUAGAAUAUUUACUUUCAUAUUGGAGAACUUUCGUACCUAUUUAUUGUAAUAAUGACUUUUUCCAAUUCAGUCCUUAUUGGAAAUUGGAGCGAAGAAAGACUUAAAAAUGAGUACGAAUUUAAGCUAUUUUUAAGGAAACGCGACAGACGUGAACUUUUACUUCAGCGAUCAAGAACGUUAUUUAGCAAUUUAUUGAGUGAGAGACCUUUGGCGAUAAGUGGAACUCACGUGCUCUAUGGAUUUAAUGUGCAAGUAGUUGCAUCAGAUAUGGCAGGAUCAUCGAAGAUGAGUGGUAAGCAAAAAAGUGGCUUAGCAAUGUCGAUUCUUGUGAUGGAUCGUCAGGUGGACUACAUGCAGAACAUAGCUGAUGGCUGCCUUAUGACCCUUUCGCCUAUUACGACGCCUUGUUGCCGGAACACAUUCGUUAUUAUCAGCGCUAAGAAUGAAAGUGCUCGUGGAAGCAAAAUGAAAUACGGCCAUGAAUUUCUACUAAGGGCUGAGAACUACGGCGAUCCUACCGCAGCGCCUCUAUACGUCCGGUACACACCAUCAAGCACGCCUGCCCCUGCAGACCGUAUGCCAUUGCGUCUGAGUGCCGUCAAAGACAGCAACUGUCGUUUCACUACCAUACCGCUGUUGCCGCGCGAUAGACUUGAGGGAUUGGGUACUCCAGUAAAGACUGGUGCCAGGCUCAUAAUUAAAAAUUGCGUCUCAGACACGAGUUUGUGUGUCAUGAAUCAAAAUUGGAUGCAAACAUUCUUUGGGCCGGAGUGCGGAGUGACUUGCAGGGACUACAAAGACAUUCACAAAAGAUUUACAGCUGAAAAUAUAUUCACUCUUGUCAGCGAUGUCGAAACUAAGACCAAGAAUUAAUAGGAUUUUCAAAUAAAAUGUAUUUUAGUAGCCUUUCAGCUCUAAAAGCUUUUAGUUUAUAUAUUUUUAAUUCAUUUCUAAUUCUUCUGUCACUUUUGCCAUUGUUUUGUUAUUUAGAUAAAUAUUUACACAUAAAAUAAAAAAAGUAUUUCAUUGCUAA